UCUAUUUUUAAAUUUACAAUGACACAAGUACAAGUAUUUACUGAUUUCGAUGGAACACUUUCUUUAGAUGACACCGGUCUCUUAUUGAUCGAUGAUCGUCGUUCUAUGGGCCCUGAGCGUAGACGGGUCCUUGAACACGAGAUUUUGGAAGGCACCAAGACCUACCGUGAUGCCGUACAAGAAAUGUGGGAUUCUGUUCAUCUCAGCUGGGAUGAAGCUUGGGCUGAAUAUUUCAACAAUUGCACCAUCGAUCCCGGUUUUCCUGCCUUUAAUGACUAUUGUCGUGAAAACAACUUUCCCGUCACAGUUGUCAGCAGUGGGUUGAUUCCUGUGUUGGAGAAAAUCAUGACGAAUUUCUUGGGUGAAAAAGCCAAGGAUAUCGAGAUUAUUGCCAAUAAGGGUGAAGUCACUGGCCGUGAUUGGAAGAUUACUUGGAGAGAUGACAGUAUCUAUGGCAACGACAAGUCCAAGACGUUAGAAAAGGCUCGUGCUACUGCUACCAAGGACACCAUUUUUGUUUUCUGCGGUGACGGAGUAUCUGAUAUUUCUGCAGCCAAACAUGCUGACGUCCUGUUUGCCCGUCGAGGACGUGAUUUAGAGUUUUACUGCAAGAGAGAGGAUAUCCCUUUUAUUGCUUUUGAUACGUUUGCCGAGGUAGAGCAAGUGGUGAAGGAUUUGGUAGAAGGAAGAUCUCGCAUCGAGACAUCUGCCAGUGGAUUCUGUCAGGUUGUCCCAAAAUAAAACAAUAAAGCACAA